AAUUUGUGAGGAGUCAUGAGCUAUCAGUUUUCACAGAACAGUGCACGCGAUAUAGAACUAUGACUCACACAGUAUAAAGUAUAUGUAACACAGUAUAUAGAAUAUUUUCUAUUACAAUAGAUAUAUAUAGAUAUAUCUAUAUAUACUGUAGAUAUAGAUAUAGAUAUAUAGUCAUCAACCAGAAGGGGGCAGUGGUGUCCCGCGAGCCGUCCCGUGCGCCGGAAGUCCAGAAGAAGAGCGAGAAGACACGUCACUGAGGUCAAGCGGCAGGAAAAGAUGGCGAGCACCUAUGAGAGUUUCAACUUGCGCACCACACCAGAGAAGUUCUACAUCGAGGCGUGUGAUGAUGACUCCGAGGAUGUCUUGGCCAUUGACAGGGUGUCAACGGAAAUGACUCUCACGGUAAAGAGGGACAUCCCUGCGUCGGCUGAGACCAGGCCGAUAUGUGGACUCAUGGGGACUCUACGUUUGGUGGCAGGCAUGUACCUGGUUGUCAUCACAAAGAAGCAGAAGGUGGGAGAUUUGCUGGGUCAUGCUGUGUGGAAGGCUCUGGACUUUGACAUCAUCUCCUAUAAGAAGACAAUACUGCACCUGACAGACAACCAGAUGCAAGACAACAAGACCUUCCUGUCGAUGAUCAGAAAUGUGCUUCACACAGACGGCUUCUACUUCGCGACGGACUACGACCUGACCCACACUCUGCAGCGCCUGGCCAACACCAGCCCUGAGUUUCAGGAGAUGAGCCUCCUGGAAAGGGCAGACCAGCGGUUCGUGUGGAACGGCCACCUGCUGAGGGAAUUCAUCGCUCAGCCCGAGUUACACAAGUUUGUGUUUCCCGUCAUCCACGGCUUCAUCAUCAUGAAGUCGAGCUGCAUCAAUGGAAAGAAGUUUGAGUGGAGCAUCAUUUCCAGGAGGAGCUGUUUUCGAGCUGGGGUCCGCUACUAUGUCCGAGGCAUUGACGUGGAAGGCCAUGCUGCUAACUAUGUAGAAACGGAGCAGAUCGUGCAGCACAGCAGCGCCAAGGCUUCAUUUGUUCAGACGAGAGGCUCCAUCCCCUUCUAUUGGUCCCAAAGGCCCAAUCUCAAGUACAAGCCGAAACCACAGAUCAGCAAAACGGUCAACCACUUGGAUGGAUUCCAGAGACACUUUGAUUCGCAGAUUAUUCUCUAUGGAAGACAAGUUAUUUUAAACUUGAUCAACCAAAAGGGCUCAGAAAAGCCACUGGAGCUGGCAUUUGACAAGAUGGUGACCAGCUUGGGCAAUGGCAUGAUCAAGUAUGUAGCAUUUGACUUUCAUAAGGAGUGCAGUCGGAUGAGAUGGCACCGUCUGGAGCUCUUAUUGGACAUGGUCGCUGAAAUGCAGGAGGAAUAUGGGUAUUUCCUGGUGGAUGCAGAAGGGAAGGUGCUGUCGAACCAGGACGGGACCUUUCGAAGCAACUGCAUGGACUGUCUGGACCGCACCAACGUCAUUCAGAGCCUGCUGGCCCGACGGUCGCUGCAGUCACAGCUACAGAGAAUGGGAGUCCUGCACAUGGGUCAGCGGAUCGAGGAUCAGUUGGACUUUGAGAAGAUGUUCAAGAACGCCUGGGCAGACAAUGCCGAUGCCUGUGCUAAGCAGUAUGCCGGUACCGGUGCGUUGAAGACGGACUUCACCAGGACCGGGAAGAGAACUCAGCUGGGCCUGCUGAUGGACGGCUGGAACUCCAUGAUCCGAUAUUACAAAAACAACUUCUCUGACGGUUUCAGACAGGACUCCAUCGAUCUGUUCCUGGGGAACUACGCGGCAGACGAAGCUGAUUGGACGACCCCACUGCGCGACCCCAAAGACUGGAAGUUCCUGACGUUGCCCAUCAUCAUGGUGGUGGCGUUCUCCAUGUGCAUCAUCUGCCUGCUAAUGGCCGGCGACACAUGGACGGAGACCCUGGCCUACGUUCUCUUCUGGGGAACGGCCAGCGUGGUGACGAGUGGCCUCAUCCUCUUCAACGGACGGGACUUUGUCGACGCCCCCAAGCUGGUCCAGAAGGAGAAGCUGGACUGAAUGUGUGCGUGUGGAAAGCAGCUCGGCCCCGGUGAGCUCACCGCCUCGUCCACCAGCUCGGCGUCACUUUACCCUCAGCAUCAGCAGGCCUGGAGCCUGUACUGACGGAGGAGGGGAGUGGUGGAGGAGGGCGAUGGGCGGCAGGGCCUGGCCUCGUGUACGACACCGGUGGAGAGAGAGAGAGAACGUCAGGUGUGACUGGAGUGCACGAGCCUGCUGCUGUCCACACUGCAGCGAUUAUCACGUGGACAAGACUGAGUGUCCACAGGAUUCACUGGACACAAGAAUGUGGUGGGACCUUCGUAGGACAAAAAAAUCCACGUUUGUCCUGCAGCGUCCUUUACCUUUUUCAUUGGGAUCAGAAUCAGAACAGCUGUAAAUGAUUGAUUGUUUGUAUUGUUGAUUUUUUCUUUUUGCCAAUAUGCGUUUUGUCCCUGUGCAGUAACUCUUGUCCCAAGUUCAACGCGCAUGGUGCUGGUGUUGGUUUUGAUCUGAUCAUGAUUUUCGGUAUUUCGUCUCUGGAAAGGUUGAUUUUUUUAAAUUUAAUUUUUUGGCUUCUUUAUCGACGGGCCUCGUGCGAGAACCUCGUACGAACAGAUUUAUUCCAUGAGAGAUUGAAGGGAAUUUAUAGCAUUCUCCAAAUUUUUGUGGUUUGUGGAAUUUUUAUCUGCAGUUUUGGUCCAGAUCUGUCAAAUCUCCACUUGAAAUCAUAAAGCCUUAAACUAUAUGAAUUGGGAGUUUACAUGUUUUACUAAAAUGAAGUCAAAUAUAUAAAUAAAACAGUAGUUUUGUUACAGUAGGCGUUUGAUCCCUGAGAGCUCACAGCCCCGCAACUUAAGAAAACACAUGCAAGCAGACAAAACACAUCAAAUUAAGAAAACAUCUUCAGUUUGACAACACAUGCGCAGCAUUUAGAAAACGCGCUGCAAACAGACUGCAAUGAAACGGAAGUGUAUAUGUGCCUAUUUGCGGCAUGUUUUCUAAAUGCUGCAUGUGUUGUCACAUUGAUGAAGAUGUUUUUUCUUAAUUUGCUUGUGUUUUCUCAAAUUGCUGUGCUGUGAGCUCUCAUGGCCGACGUAACUUUAGGACCUUAAAAAUGUUUAACUUCAUAUCACACGUUCUCCAUCUUCUUGUCACUGUACAGUUUCUGCUCUGGUGACACAUCGUGGGCAGCUGUAUUCAUAUUUUUAAUUGUUUCGGGGUCCUCAGAUUACGACAGCUUGAUAUUGCCCAACUUGCUAGAUUUUGUUCUUUUCGCUCCUUGGUAAGAUUUUUGUGAAUGGAAAAAUUUGCCUGUUUAUGAAAAUGCUUCGCACAAAAAGGCCCAGUGUGUUGCAGACGAAUGUGACCUGGACGGACGGAGAAGACCUGCAACACCUUCAGUGGACAAAACGGGAAUCUGCCUUAGGACCUACAGGAAGCACAGGUCUCAAUGUUGGUGGACACAUGAAAGGAAACUUCUCUUUUUCUUACUGUAAGGUUUAAUUAUAUCUGUCGUAUUGUGGCUCGUGAUGAAACAUAGCAUCAGCAUGUUGGAGACUCUCCACUUUAUACUGUAGAGAAACGCUCUUUUACCUCAGCAAAUGAUAUAUUUAUGAAAAUAACUUCAACAUGUUUGAUUGGUUUGUGUUGUUCCUGGAGAAAACGACAACAGAAACAAAAUUCAAACUUUAUGACAAAUUGAUUUAUAGCUUAUUAUUCUCAAUGGGCUUUGUAAGAGUGUCAGGGGGAAAUCAAGUAGAGCUGCAACAGUUAAUCGAUUAGUAAUCGACUACUAAAUUAAUUGCCAACUAUUUUGAUAUUUCAAAAAGUCAAAAUUCUCUGAUUUCAGCUUCUUAAGUGUGAAUAUUUUAUGGUUUAUUUGCUGCUCUGUGACAUUAAACUGAAUAUCUUUGGUGUGUGGGCAAAAGAAAACAUCUUGUGGUUUUGGGAAACACGAUUGACGUUUUUCACCAUUUUAUGAAAUUUUAUGGACCAAACAACUAAUCGAUUAGUCGAUUAUGAAAAUAAUCUUUAGUUCCAACCCUAAAAUCAAGAGACAAAUCUGUGUGUUGUAGAUAUUGAUUUUCUCUGUCUGAAAUGUUGUUAAUCCAAGUUUUCACUGCCAAGCCUUGACAAGUCACAGUUGGGUCUAAAUGAAACAUUUACUCAUAAA